UUCUUCUAUAUAUAGGCAAGCAACAAGCUGUGUUGCUGCAUUCACUUUUGCAUUUGCAAUGCCGGCUUGCCUGCUUCUUCCCCACCCCAGUUAUUCAUCAUAUAUCAUCUAACGCGUGAACACCAACUGAAAGGAAUGGUAGUACCAACAACUAGGACGACGCAGCAGCAGCAGCUAGUACAGUCGUUACCGCCGCCGCCGCCACCACACUCGUCGUCCCAAGACGACGACGAUGUGGUGCGGCAACUGGUGAUGGGGCGUUGGCGUUCAUCCCUGUCGUCAGGCCUGCGUACCGCCCUGUCCUGCACCAUCGUGGGCCUCGUCACCCUCUACGCACCGGCCGCCCUCCGCCGCCACAUCACCUUCCCGGCCUUCUCCUACGUCGUCACCGUCAUCCUCGUCACGAACGACGCCACCCUCGGCACGGCCCUGCGCGGCGCCGUGAGCGCGCUUCACGGCAGCCUCAUGGGCGCGGCGCCCUCCGUGGCGGCGCUGUGGCUGGCGCACCGCACGGGCGCCGCGGAGUCGGUGGUGGCCACGUCGGCUGUGGUGGCGCUGACGGCGUUCGCAGUGGCGCUCCCGGAGUCGGUGGGUCCAGUGGCGAAGCGGAUCGCGCUGGGGCAGGCCAUCAUAAUCUACGUGGCCAGGUUCCAGCGCGGGAGCCGCGGCCUGGCGCUGCUGCACCCGGCCAACGUGGUGGCGUGCACGGCGCUCGGGGUGGCGGCGGCCCUGCUGGCCGUGCUGCUUCCCUGGCCGAGGUUGGCGACACGGGAGGCCAGGGACAAGCUUGGCAGGGCGUAUAAGGUGGUUGCCGCCGAGAGGGUCAGGGUCCUGGCUGAUGCCUUUGCCGCUGUUGUGGGUGUGGAAGCCGAGGAGUGCAGCCGGCAGCGACGAUGGCAGAUGGCGGCGUGCAUGUCGGAGGCCAACCGGCUGGCCUCCGCAAGUACAACCCUCCUCAGCCGCGUGAACGCCAUCAAGGAGGAUUUGCAGUGGGAGCGAGCGACGGUGGUGGUGGACGACAACAUCGAGAUGCCACUGACGGGAAUGCAGAUCGCACUAGCAACGAUGCAACAAGCAGCCGACGGCAGCCAUGGGAUUGGGAGGAACAAUAUGGUCGGCCUGGUCAUGGCGAUGAGGGACCAGAUACGCCUCGCCCUCCUCACGCCCAACAAGCAGAGCAGAUUUGGAUCAUCCUGCAGCACGGCCACUGCCACGCCCAGCAACAAGUCACUCUGCUACUUGCCAACUCCGACUAACUACGACGACUACCACGAGCAGCAGCAGCAGCUGGCGCCCUUUUUGUUCAUCUUCUCCCUCUAUCAGCUCCAUCGCCGCUGCUGUGGUCCCAAGACGCCAUUGAUGGUAGAGGCAGCUGCCAUGCCCAACGCCAACAAGGUAGUGCCGGCAGCAGCAGCAGCAACAACGACGACAGGCCAAGAGGAGCAACCAACCGACUUAUUGCCAGACGAGGAGCAAGAAGAAGUAGAGCAGCAAGUGGGGCAGGACGACGAUCAUCCAUCUUCACAAGCAGAGGAGAAGCAGCAGGCUACGACACGCGGCCAUGGCUGUACCAGCUGCUGGCCUCGGCUCGUUGCGGCGGCCAAGUGCGGCUUCUCGCUCGGCCUUGCCGUCCUGCUGGGCCUGCUCUUCAGCAACGACCACGGAUUCUGGUCAGGUCUCAUCGUCGCCACCACCAUGACGGCGGGGCGCGAAUCCACCUGGGCUGUGGCUGUGGCGCGCGCCCACGGCACCGCCCUGGGCUCCAUCUACGGCGUGCUGUGCUGCGUGCUCAUGUCGCAGCAGCAGCAGCUCCUGACCAUGGACCUGCGCUUCGUGGCCCUGCUCCCCUGGAUGGUCCUCGCCACUUUCCUCAAACGCAGCCGCGCGUACGGCCCUGCCGGCGGUGUGGCGGCCGCGCUGUCGGUCGUCAUCAUCGUGGGGCGCCGCUACGACGAGGCUCCCAUGGCCUUCACCAUCGCGCGCCUGGUGGAGACCUUCAUAGGCAUCUCCUGCGCCGUCCUGGCGGACCUUGUGUUCCAGCCUGGAGCAAGGCCGUCGGUGCAGGCCAAGGCGCAGCUCACCCGCUGCAUCGCUGCUCUGGCUGACUGCUGCCUUGCUGCUGAUCUUUCUUCAUCGGAAUUAUUGUUGAAGAGGGUGCAGCAGGAGCUAGCCCUCUUGAGGAAGUACGCCGCGGAGGCCGGCAGCGAGCCCACCUACCUGUGGAUGCUGCCGUUCCCGGUGGCCUGCUACGACAAGAUCCAGGGCAGCAUCGGCAGGAUGGCGCAGCUGCUGCAGCUCUACCACCAGGCACGCCGCUGCAUGGGUACCGGUGUGUCUCUGCCUUUGUCUUCGCAGCAGCAGGUGGACGAUGAUGACACCAACAACAACACCAUCCCGCAACACUUCCUAAUUAACCUCGCCACCACCUCCCUCAGCCACUGCCUCCACAUUCUGGCACCACCGCCAACACCACAAGGCAAGGAGGCGAAAACGCCCAAGGGCCAUGUCGUCGACCUUGAGGCUGGGACUGCGGCUAGCGGCGUCGGCUGCAGCUGCUGCUACAAGGAUGACGAGGUGGUGGGCUCCUUCCUAGCCCAGGCAGGAGAGGCAAAGCUGCUGCUGUUGAACGAUGAUGAGGAGAGAUUCUUGCUAGUCUGCUGCCUGGGCUCCAUUGCCAUGUGCAUGGGAGAGAGCCUCAAGGAGGCACAGCAGCUGGAGGCGCACAUCAUAGACCUCAGCACUCGCUGAUAUAUAUAGAGAUUAAUUGAUUGAUCCAUGCACAUGCAUUCUUCUACCAAUACCAAGCUUGUUCGCUUGAGCUUAUACGAGUGUUUUUCUCUCAAUAUAAAUCCGCGAACAGUACUUUUAGCCAUGACUUUUCUGCUAAGCUAACAAGCUCAAGGUACUAUCUUCUGAUUACGGCCUU